GUUGGUAUAGUAGGACGGGAAGUGGAGUACUGUCAUACAGCUCUCGCGAUGUUCGUAUUAAUGUGUUAAAUUUCAAUUUCAAUUGUUUUUGUGUAUGAAAAAGUGAUUUAGAGUGUUAUGUGAGCAAGCAUUACGAUGGCUCACGUAGGAUCUACGUUACCAGAAUGUUCCAUUCCAGAAGAUGGGGUGCCAGACAUGACCCGUUUGUCACAAUUAAACGAGGACACAGUCAACAGGAAUCUCAAAGUACGAUACGGCAAGGACAGAAUAUAUGUAUCCUUUUUAUUCCUUAUUUUGUAGCUAUGUGUUAAUCCUGGUCAUUAGAAAGGUAAGAAAAAAUAUUGGUUCCUUUUUAAAAUUUAUUGAAACAGUAUAAAAACGGAU